UGAUUCCUAAAAUGAUCUUCCAUUCUUCACAAACCCAAUCUCUUCUCUCCUCUUCUUUGCCUUAAUUCAAGAAUCUUCUCCCGCCACCCAACCGCCGCUGUAUGAUCUUUUUGGUGGCGGCGAUUACCCCAUCUAUUUGAUAGUUUUAUUGAUAUGGGUUGCGGUAGCUCAAGGCUAGGAGGUGGUGCGGCGGCGAGAGCGGGUGAGGGCGGCGUUGUGCCACUUCCGGAGGGAAUACGUCCGCUUCUCAGGAGGAGAUUAGAGGAGAUGAAGAAACGGAGCCAUGCAAGCGUCUUGAAAGGAAACCAGACGCAGUCGACGAAGGAGCUUCUAAGGCACGGCUCCUCUGAGGACGGAGAGGAGGCGGAGGAGAACGACGACAGCUUGAAGCUGUCGGCUAAGGUGGCUCCUGCGCCUGAUCAUCACGUGGAAGAUAAGAAAGAAGUUAUUUAUGAGAAGAUCUCUUCGAUAAAAAAUGUUAAAGAGGGGGAAAAGGUUGUGAAGAAACAAGAUGAGAAAAUUGAUGAUGUCAUCUCUAUUAAGAAAGAAGGAAAUGAUGAGGACAUCAUUGUUAAGAAGCAAGGAGAUGAUGGUCUUGAUCAUGAUGAUCAUGAUGAAGGGAGGAUGAGUAAUUUUGAUGAGAGGAUGAUAUGUCCUGGAUCUCCAAGCUUUAGGGUUUAUUGCAUUAAUGUUACUUCUUCUGAUGAUGACGAUGAUGAUGAUGAUGAUAAAGAAAAAGAUGGUGAAGACAAGAGAAAGUCGAUGGAAACCCAAAGUGUCAUCAUAGAGCCAAAAGAGGUAGAGCCAAAAGAGAUUACGACACAGGAAAAUGAAAGCAUUGUCAAAAAGGAGAAAAAAGAAAGAAAAGGAAAGAGAUUCGGAAUGGCAUUGCCAAGGAAGUAUUUAGCAAAUGUAACUGCACCGUGCUAUGCUGGUGCUGGUAGAGGAUGCAUGGGCAACAACACUGAUCAUUCUCGUGUGGUGCAAGAAAAAUCAAGCCAGUGAUCAAACGUACAAAAUAUGUUUGCCAUCUUUGUUGAAGGACGAACGGUGUGUGGUGUAAACGUACGGGGCGAUGAAUAAUCAAAAAGCACCCAACCAUGGAAACUACUAUAAGCUUUUAAUUAGACGUUUGUUUUGUGUUAAGAUACUCUUGUUUCAGAAUUUGUACAACCUCUUGUUCGUCUUUGCUUUCUCUGAGGAUAAAUUAGUGUUUGACGAAUUUUACUGUUUUUUUUUUUAAUUUCGCGUGAAAAGAUGUAACUAGUUG